GGUCAAAAAUAGUGAAAAGGAGGGGGAAGGCGGGACUCGAAACGAAACCCCGGAUGUACGAGCCAUCGCCUUGGGUUGGGACACCAUAACUGUCACUGACUCUCAGAGCCAUUUCUCAUUACCAAAUCAACCCCAAGAAGAAGAAGAAGAAGGAGACCUGUGCAAAAAUGUCGAGCUCACAGAUCUAUUGGGCCAUGGCAACCCUAGCUUUGUUCUUAAUCUCAUCAGCUUUCGCCGACGAUGAUGUCGUAGUAUUGACGGAGGAUAACUUCGAGAAAGAGAUCGGUCAAGAUCGAGACGCUCUCGUCGAGUUCUACGCUCCUUGGUGUGGGCACUGUAAAAAGCUUGCACCAGAGUUUGAGAAGCUUGGUACAAGUUUCAAGAAGGCAAAAUCUAUUUUGAUUGGAAAGGUGGACUGUGAUGAGCAUAAGAGCCUUUGUACCAAAUAUGAUGUUUCUGGGUACCCCACAAUCCAUUGGUUUCCCAAAGGAUCCUUGAAGCCUAAGGAGUAUGAAGGUGCACAUACCCCAGAAGCCCUUGUGGCGUUUGUGAAUAUUGAAGGAGGGACUAAUGUGAAGAUAGCUGAAAUCCCAUCAAGUGUAGUGAUUCUAACAUUUGAUAAUUUUGAUGAGAUUGUCCUGGACAAAACGAAGGAUGUUUUGGUCGAGUUUUAUGCCCCCUGGUGUGGUCAUUGCAAAAACCUUGCUCCUACUUAUGAAAAGGUUGCCACAGUAUUUAAGCUUGAGGAAAAUGUUGUAAUUGCUAAUCUUGAUGCUGACACACACAAGGAUCUUGCAAACAAGUAUGAUGUGAGUGGCUAUCCUACAUUGAAAUUUUUUCCAAAGAACAACAAAGCUGGUGAAGAUUAUGAAGGUGGCCAAGAUUUAGAUGACUUUGUAGCUUUUAUCAACAAGAAGUGUGGCACCAAUCGUGAUGCAAAAGGGAAACUUACUGCCAAGGCUGGUAUAGUUGAGACAUUGGAUACUUUGGUGAAGGAGUUUGUUAGUGCUGGCAAUGAUGAGAAGAAAGCAGUCUACGGCCGAAUGGAAGAGGAAAUUAAGAAGCUUGAGGGGUCUGCUGCAAGAUACGGAAACAUCUACUUGAAAGCUGCCAAGAGCUGUAUGGAAAAAGGAGGUGAUUAUGCCAAGAAUGAAAUCAAAAGGCUGGAACGCAUGCUGAGCAAAGAUAUCAGUAUGACGAAGGCUGAUGAAUUCGCUUUGAAGAAGAAUAUCCUAUUGGCUUUUGCUUGAACACUGGGACAGAUUUUAUUCUUGGGAGUUAUACUGCUUCCUCCUGGGUUCAAUCUCCUAAUUUCCUUCUUCAGGUCAGGAAAUGCACUAUUUUUUGCAAUGCUUUUAGUGCACGUCUUCACUCUUAGCACAUUUUUGUUAUCACAAUUUCAACUAAAUUAGUAGAAGAGAGGGAGUGAACAUUAAGAUCAAAGCAUUAGUUGAUGGGUAGUGAUGCAUUUAUUUUGUUUAUUAGAAUAAUCAUUUUUGAAUAAUUAACACGUGUCAUUUAUUUAUUUGUGGUGAA